AUGUCGUUUUUGCUGAACGACCAACCACAAGAGAUGUUUUUAUGGACCGCAUUCAUAGAGCUUGUGCAGCCAUUCCUAGAGCUACCCUGCUUAGAACUGUGGAUAGUUUUCAAAACAGAUUGCAGUUAUGCCUCGAAACCAACGGAGGUAAUUUGGAACAAUUACUCCGUGGAACGUAUCGCGAACAUUCCCAUACAGCAUAGAAUUUGCAGCAAUAUUGCUGCAAAAUCUUUGCAAUGUAGCAGCAGUGUUGCUGCAAUAAGCAACAAGACAUUCGACGCAAUCAUUAUAGAACAAUUAUGGUACCAAUGUUAUUACGCCCUUGUAAAGUACUACAACUUCCCUGUGCUGAUUGGAUUUUUGAGCGUAGGCAACUUGCCCUACGUAAUGGAUUCCAUAGGAAAUCCAGACGAUCCUAACUUUAAUCCAGACAUGACGUAUCCAUUCACGAAUAGAAUGACAAUCAAUGAGCGGAUAAUGAAUAUCCUUUAUACAACAUAUACAAGAUUAUAUUAUCGAUACUGGCAUCUACCAAAUGCUCAACGCAUGGCUAACAAACGGACUCCUGGUACAUCUGUUUACGACAUCGAUAAAAAUUUCAGUCUAGUGAUUCUGGGCAACAAUCACGUGUUUGGUUAUCCAAAGCCGCUACUGCCACAUGUGAUCGAAGUUCACAGUUUGCAUAUUUUGGAAAACCCUGGUUCCUUGCCUAAAGAUAUUCACGAAUUUCUGGACAAUGCUCAAGAUGGUGCCAUUUAUUUCUCUCUGGGCUCAAAUCUGCAAACUGACCAACUACCUGCUGGACCUUUGACAGCAUUGUGCAACGCCCUAGGCUCGCUUAAGCAAAGAGUUCUAUGGAAACAUAAUAGUAACAUGGCUAUUCAUGCGACCAACAUUAAAUUUGUAAAGUGGGUGCCACAACAAGCAGUACUAGCACAUCCCAAGGUGAUAGCGUACAUGAUGCAGGGCGGAUUGCAGUCGUUGCAAGAGGCGGUGCACUAUGCCGUACCUGUAGUCGCAAUUCCUUUUUUUGGAGAUCAGUAUUUCAAUGCACGUAAAAUCCUAGACGCCAGUAUCGGACUGACACUGGACAUCGACACCAUAACCGAAAACUCCAUCGUACAAACGCUCACGGAAAUCGUCAAAAAUAAAACGUAAGU